AUGAGUCACAAGCUCGAAUCGAUCAGUACGGUACCCUCGGGCUCUACGGGGUCGCACCCUAGUAGAAGCAGCGCGAUGCAAAGCUCGUCGGGGGACUCUUCAGUCCAAUCACGCAUCGAUUCAUCUGAUAGCCAUAGGAUCGGCGGACCGGGAAACCUACCUCGAUGGCCUUUGAUCACUGGCCUCUCCCCAGAUAUUGACCCUGAAGUUGGCAUCGCUGUGGUUGAUAUAGCAGUGGGGCAUCUGCAAGAAUUGAACCUGGAGUGGAAAAAAGCAUACAUCUGUACGCGUGCGACCGAAGGUAGUGAUGCAAGGCCAAUUGACAGCACUACUCUAUUGAUCUCGGUAGAGUCAUUUGAAGAGCGGCGUGACUCUAUUGUCGCGCUGCUGGACACGCUCUUGACUGUUCUGCCAGGCUUAGGGUAUACGGGACGCAUCGAGAUUAUAGACUGGCGCGCCAUCAACGGACCUCAAACUUUCCUACCAAAGGUGUCAAGUCAGCAACAAGACGAAUGGAACACCACUCUUGACAGGGCCAUUGGAGUGCUCGGGCAUCACCGUGUAGACUGGCGCCAAAUCGUCCUAGCCAACCGUGGCUACUGGGAGGAGGUAUCCAAGCCGACGGUGGUGAUAAAGACGCCGGAACUCAGCACAGAGCAGGAACAAGCCUUUCAGAAGCUGCACCAGGACUUGAGCGAUCAAAAUCUCGAGGUUGAGAGAAUGGGCGUUGGAGGCUUAUGGGGUUUGUUUGCUUCCGUUGGUGAAACUGUGUUAGCAGAGCAAAUAAGCCAAAACCUGGGGUGGCCGGUGAACCCAGAUUAUCACGCCAUGGGAAUCAGCGUUGGGCGAAAUAUGCAAAACACAUCUACCUUGGGGGGCUAUCUGAAAGUCCGCCAGGAUGGAACGGAGCACACGGUGGGUAUCACUUGCUAUCAUGGGGUGCGCCUUGACUCGACAGGCUCAUUCGACGAGGGUAUGUCACCAAACCACUGUCCGGUCUGCGAAGCUCGCCACUAA